GCCAGCUAGCCAGCCAGCCAGCCAGCCAUCCAUCCAGCCAUCCAUCCAUCCAUCCGUAGAGAGAGGCUCCUCUCCUACGGAGAGAGAGUGUAUCCUCGACGAAGGUGGAGGCGAAGCGUAUAGAGUGGUACAUUUACCAUCGUCUCUCUAUCGGCGGCAUCCAAGGACUCGAAGACCCCCCGAGAGUGAUUUCAGUCGGCCGGCUCUGGCCGGCCACUGUCCUCGACCACGUGUGUAAGGUCGCCGCCGUGGGUGCCGCGCGCGACGAACCCCUGCGACCUCGCGCUGCGUCGUGCGUGCGGACUACGUGGUGUGAAACGCGCGAUUCUUCCGCUCGCGCGAAGAUGAGUGCGAAGCGCCUGGACGGCGAGCCGGAAGGCGCGUGCAGUGACAGAUAAAGAGCGGUCGGAGGGAGCUAUGCGCGCGUCCGAGCGUCGUCGAGAGCGCGGAAUGAGAGCAGCGGACGAUUACUGGCUGGAGGCGGGUGAUCGCGAGCAGCUCCGGUGCACGUGAAAGGGAAAUAUUCUCACCGACUUGUGUCUCACGCUCGUCGAUUACGUACGAUCCGAGUGAUACUGCGGUACCGAGCGGACGGAGUGAACGUUAACGCGAUCUCGCCGAGCGGUGGUGAGUGUACGGACGUCGUCGCACUAGCGUCGGAAUGUUGUUGUCGCGCCGUUGCCACGGCUAGCGCCGGCCUCAUCAUUCCGCGAAGCGCGAGCUUCAAGUACUUCGACGGCGUCGGCCUCGCCGAGAUGAGCGGCGGCAGCGGCGGCGGCGGAAACGGCGGCGGCAACCAGGGCAACGGCGGCAAUGCCACCGGCGGCUAUCACCAGCACCAGCAGCAGCAACAGCAACAACAGUCGCAGCUGGAACAGGCCGGCCUGCUGUCGGACCUCAAUGGCAUCGACCUGGCGAUGAGCCUGUCGCCGAAGCAGCACUCGUCCCACGUCCAAGCCGCCGGUGCCCACACGACCCCGUUCAGCGUCACCGACAUCCUGUCGCCGAUCGAGGAGUCCUACAGGAAGCUCGAGCUCGCCGCCGCGGCCGCCGCCGUCGGCGUCGUCACGCAUCCCCAGGGCUCGCCGUACGGGAACGCUUGCGGCGCUCGGGUAGGUGGUAACACCGGCAGCUCGAGCGCGAGCAGCGGCAGCCCGCCGCUGCACGGCGGCUCGACGCCCGGCGGCAGCACCCCCGGACCGGUUUCCGUGGCCAACGGGGCCGCCCCCGGCGGCGGCGGCAGUGUCGGCGGUACCAGCGGCGGCAUGAGCGCCAUGGGCAAUCCUUACGCCACCAUGCAGCUCACGUCGCAGUACCAAUACUGCGCCGCGGAACUCUCGCCGUACCAUCACGCCGGGCCCGGCGUCGGCGCCACGGCCACCGCCACGGACCCGAUGCGCUCCCACGCGGUAUCGUCGCACCAUCACCCCUGGUACGCACCGGCGCCACCGGCCACCAACGACCCGCGCUUCGCCAUCUCGCGGCUGAUGGGUGCCGCGGCGGCGGGCGCCGGGACCAACAUGGCCGGCUGUUCGGUGGGCCAGUCGAUGGGCGACGUGACCAAGUCGUCGGGAAUGGGGGUCGGCGUCGGCGUCGGGGUCGGCAUGGGCGUCGGUGCGAUGCAGUUCCCCCUCGCCCAAAGACGGAAGAGACGUGUGCUGUUCACCCAGGCCCAGGUAUACGAGCUCGAAAGGCGAUUCAAGCAACAGAAGUACCUCAGCGCACCCGAACGAGAGCACCUAGCGUCCCUAAUUCACUUAACGCCUACUCAGGUGAAGAUAUGGUUCCAGAACCACCGGUACAAGUGCAAGAGGCAAGCGAAAGAGAAAGCGAUGGCCGAGCAGAAUGCCCAAAAUCAGAGCGCGAGUUCGCCGCGGCGGGUGGCGGUGCCGGUGCUGGUGAAGGACGGGAAGCCGUGCGGCAGCGGCGGCGGAAACGAGGGUAGCCGCGGCGGGCCCAGCGCGGCCUUGGCGAGUCCGGCGCCGCACAUGACGGCGGCCUCGAGUCCCCACGGCAGCCAUCACGCUGCCACCUCCUCGGUCGUCUCCCAUCACUCGGUCGUGGGCGUCAGCCAUGUGAUGAGCUCGAGCCAGAGCCUGCAGCACUGCUCGUACACCCGGGCCGGCGCGCAGCAGGGUAUGCAACAGCAGCAGCAGCCGCAGUGCAGCGCGUACCUGCCGCUGCAGGGUCGAGCUUGGUAGUGCGCGCCAUCCGCGGCGGGGGCCGCGGCCUACGCCAAUCCCUCCGUCGCAGGCCCAUGGGCCCUCGCCGCGGAUCCAGCUGCCUGGUACGCCAUACCCGACGACAGUCCUUAGGAGGGACCAGAGCGAGAGAAAGAGAGAGAGAAUACGAUUGACUCUAUGCACCGUCGACGGCUGGACCUCUGACCGCAGGAUGAACCUGACACCGUCUUCUUCACCGAAGGGAGUUCACCAGACAUGGAGAGCGAAAGAGAGGGAGAGAGAGAGAGAGAAGGAAGAGAGAGAGGGAGAGAAAGAUACCGGAAGGGACCCGUGGACUUGUGGGUCUCUUCUCUAUCCGUCGUGGAACAUUCGGAUGUCCCGCACUGUGAUUUUGUGGAUCACAAUUUGAAAUCACGCGAGCGAUGAUUAUAUUCUCUCUCUUUCUUCUCCCUCUCUCUCUCUCUCUCUUUCUACGUUUUUCUCUUUCCGUAACGAAGAGGUCUCAUGAGCGCUCCGGUUACUGCGCUCGAGACCAACGGACACACGGUUCUCUCUCUCUCUCUUUCUCGUGCGCGAUACACGCGUCGUGUCGCCGGUGGCACGUUUACGACGACCGAGGGACGUGAUGUUGCGACAAUCGAAGAUCGAUGGGGUACGUGAUGCCCAAUGAUUGUAGGGGGCCGUCUCGGUGUGGUCGUUCGCACCAAUAAAUCAGUGAGUACGCGCUCGUGAUAUCGAUAUAGUGAGAGCCGGGGAUGGCGUUACGACGACGGGAACGUCCGUAGUCAGCGUGCGCCACCGGGGUAACCACCGGCCACUUUGUAAUGUCCGUCGCCGCAGAGAUCGAUCCGCGAGCGAUUCGCCGGGCGUGCGGGCGGGACGAGGCCUUCGACUCCCUACAGCGUACGCUCCAGGAGGCGGACUCGCUCCUUGGUGUGAGCCGAGGAAAGACGGACGUCGGGAGGUGUUUCUGGGUCAACGUGAGGCGCGCACGAAGCUCGACGUCUGCGAGCCGGCCGACACGAAUCGGCACGUUCUCACCGGAGAGUCGACAACGCUUCUUGUCGACACACUCGAAUCGAUUUUCCCGUUACCGCCGGCGCACCGCGGCAAGCGUAACCGUGGUGGAUGCGAAACGUUGCGUUUUCCGAACAGAAACAGCACCGGUCGCGCUUGAGCUCAUUGUAAUGUGAGUAUAUUGGAAGAGGCACUGCCAACGCCUGUGACAGAUAGAUGUUUAGGGCAAUCUAUCUUUUACUUGUAUCUAACUCUAUCUCUUUCUAAAGGGAGCGACGCAUACGCGUACGACAAAGAGAGGACGCCCUAAAGUUGGCCUAAAGUUGGUUCUACCGGCUGCACUUUUCCAGGCCCGGUGCCUCCUUCAAUAUGAAUGUAUUUCAGUGCUCGAGACAUCGUCCCGUCUUGCCCUUCUUUCCCCAGCAACCGCAGCUUACCGUUUGAACGCAGUAAAUAUCCGAAAUGUCUGAACUCGCGACUCUCCUGUUUUUUCUCCCUCUUCCACCUCUCCCUUCCUCAUUCCUCUGUCUUGCUCUCUUUCACCGACUCCUUCGCCUCUCCCUCCCCUCUUCCUCUCAUUAAACGAGCAAUAAUCGCGAAUCACUGUGAAGACGCGUCGCGGAAAACGCUUCAUCCGGAGCGGAAAGAGAGAACGGAAAAAAACAAAAAGAUAGAGAGAGAGGAGGGAAAACGAACAAAAUGCAAUAUUUUCCAAAUCGAUACGGCGUAUUCGCGGAUUCGAAUGGCGAUUUUCCGGGAGCGCUCGUCGCGUCCGAAAUAAACGACGACAUUGUAAAGCGCUGCAGAGUCAUCGGAAACAAAACACGCGCGCGCGGCUACAAUGGAACGGCGAAACGGAUUGUUCGCUCGCGAAUUAUCGGUCCCCGCGCGCCCACUCGAUGGAUUGAAACCCGUCGAUUCGAAUUACGAAAUAGUACACCGCGCCGCGCGCGGUGAUUGUGACUCGAUUUCAUCGAACGCGAUAUCCGAGACACGCUCUCUCGCUCUCGCGAGCGAGAGCGACAUUGUCGCGCGGAAAGUCGCUCCCAGACAAUGGCGCCCCGCUCUCUCCCGCGUCGAGCGCACGUCCGACAGACAAAUCCCGGCGCGCAUUUACGCGUGGAAUUUUGCAGCAUUGUCAUACGCAAAUGCGAUAUAUAUAUAUUGUCAUGUCAACGCGCAUUAUUCCAUCCGCGCGCGCGACCCGACACUUUCAUCGCUUCGGUAGCCGAAGUCCCGCCGACAACGCGACAA